AUGCUCUCAGGAACAUUUGUAUCCGCUUUCACCGUGCUGUGCGGAGCCCGGACCGACCUCCCUGACAGGCACAUGUGUUGUGUCUUCUGGCUGAACAUUGCUGCUGCUCUGAUUCAGAUCCUGACGGCAAUCGUGAUGGUUGGCUGGAUUAUGAGUAUAUUUUGGGGGAUGGACAUGGUCAUUCUCGCAAUUUCACGAGGCUACAAGGAACAGGGGAUCCCACAGCAGCUGUAGUGGCUGGGACAAGUAUGGUCAGAGAAACACGGCGAGAGAUUUCCUUUGGCAGCUGUGGGCCAUGGACCUUUUCAUUACCCUUUGUCUUUCUUCUUCCUUUUGU